CGACUGACUCUGACGAAGCUCUGCGGAUCGCAAUGUGGGCAAGUUGGAUUGGCAGAGCUUCCGCCCAAUUGAAACGCAGAACGUUGUUGACUUCAUGACGAUCUCCGAGUCUUGAAGAUCAUAACAAACGCUUUUGGAAAAGUCAAGCAGGAUCCUCGUUGCCUUGAACAAGGAGCAUCCGUCAGUUGCCGCGCCGAUGGGGGCAUGGGUGAAGAGCAGCAGCAGGAAAUGAAGCUGUUUGUGAUCAAAGAGGAACCAACAUGACAUGAAAUUCUCGACGUGCAGUUCGUCACCAUUCGAUUGUCGUAUGGCCAGACGAAAGCCAAGAUUGGCCAGGUCAAACAAACCAAGAGAAACCUGGUCAUGUCAGUUGCAAUAGCGCGUUGGUGACACAUCAGAAAAACGUCGAAGAACGAGGUUUUUCUUACGAGGUGCGAUGUCAUCGCCGAACAGAAGCCAGGCGCGGCGCAAGUCUGCGGGCUUGCUCAAACACCAGCUGCAGCUCAUCAAGAGAAAGGGCGACCAGGGCACCACGCGCUACGAGAUCCAGCCAAUCCCAGAUACACUCUCCUUCGAGAAGGGUUUCUUCUUGUUCAUAAGGGCGCUCCAGCUGUUGCGGGAGCACAAUGACGGCGUCCUUUUGGUGGGGCUUGCGGGCCCCUCGGGCGCCGGUAAAACCGUGUUCAGCGAGAAAAUCAGCAACUUCAUGCCGGGAUGCUCAGUGAUCUCGAUGGAUAACUACAACGAUGCGAGCCGAUUGGUUGACGGCAACUUCGAUGAUCCCCGGUUGACUGAUUACACCACUUUGAUGGACAAUAUCAAGAACUUACAGAACGGGCUGCCCGCCGAGGUCCCAAUCUACGACUUCAAGCAGAGCAAAAGGAUUGGCUUCAAGACGGUGGAAGUCCCUUCCGCGCGCGUUGUCAUCAUUGAGGGCAUUUAUGCACUGUCCGAGAGGCUGCGCCCGAUGCUCGACCUCGCCGUUUCCAUCACCGGGGGGGUGCACUUCGAUCUAGUUAAGCGGGUCUUGCGGGACAUCAACCGCUCGGGACAGGAACCGGAGGACAUCAUCCAUCAGAUAUCGGAGACGGUAUACCCUAUGUACAAGGCGUUCAUCGAGCCGGACCUCCAGACAGCGCACAUCCGCAUCGUCAAUAAGUUCAACCCGUUCUCCGGCUUUCAAAACGCGACGUACAUUCUCAAGUCCCAGAAGACGGUGACCCCCGACCAGAUCCGGGCGGUUCUCCCGCCCAAUUGCACCGAGUACGUCGAGGAGACGUACGAUAUCUAUCUCUUGCCCCCGGGGGAGGACGCCGAGAGCUGCCAGUCGUACCUGCGCAUGCGCAACCGGGACGGCAAGUACAGCCUCAUGUUCGAGGAGUGGGUGACGGACGGUCCGUUCAUCAUCUCCCCACGCAUCACGUUCGAGGUCAGCGUCCGCAUUUUGGGCGGGCUUAUGGCGCUCGGAUACGAGAUGGGCGCGAUCCUGCGACGUUCCAGCCAAGUGUUCCGGGACGAGACCAUCGCCGUCAAAAUCGACACCUUCGAGCAACUUCAGCGGGAAUACGUCAACGUGCAAGGGCGCGACCGGGCGUUGGUAGAAGAGAUUGGCAAGAAGCUGGAGCUGGAGGGGACGUACGUGCCGCGGUCGUACAUUGAGCAAAUGCAACUGGAGAAGCUCACCAAAGAGUUCCAGCUCGUUCCUGAGGACAUCAAACAGAAGCUCGCAUCCGAAGACGCAUUGGUGGGCAGCGUCAUCAGCAGCCCCAGCAUGUCGUGGAUUGCGGAGGCGCGGCUGAACCGUGACAUCAUGGGCCGGAGCGCGCCCGUCAUGGCGCACCGCAACAACCGGUCGCCCACAAAGGCAGGCCAAUUCCGCACAGAUAAGACUGGCCGGCACUGGCCCCCCCAGCUGCACCUCAACUCCUCCAACGGUAGUUUGGAGAACGUGGAGGAGGGCGGCCAUAAGCGCAAGAACAGCGAGGACGAGUCGUCCCACAACCGGGGUGUGCCCGACUCGCCAUUCCUAGUUGGAGCACCCGCGCCGGGCACCAACCAGAUCGGAGAGCAGCUACAGACGAUCAACGAAAAGUUCGACCAGCUGCUUGACCGGAUGCUAGACCUCGAGCGGAAAGUCACAGCCUCGACGUCGCCCUCGGCGUCCCGGGGCACGACGCCGCCCCCGAAGCAGAGAUUCGAGGGGCACCCUUUGACAAACGGCCCCGGGGGAGGUUCCCGGGAGUUGGUGGGCAGUUACCAGAAGAGCCAUUUGGGGAUGCGGGACGAGACGGAGGCCGGAGACUUGUCGGGGCGAGAGCGCAGGGGCAUGGAGGCGGAGGGAUCCCUCUCCGACGAGGUGCGCCUGCUCGCGCGUGGCCAGCGCCACAUCAGCACGCAGUUGGACGUCCUCAGCGGCGCCGUCCGGGACAAUCUGCGCGAGCAGCAGCGGAAAGAUUCUGGGACGCAGUACUGGCGAAAAGGGCACCUAUUUACGGAGGGUCUGUGGGAACCAGCGACGGGUGUCGCCAUAGUGUCCGGGUCGCUCGCAGUUAUCGGGGCGGUCUUUUGGGUAUGGAAGGUAAGGGGCAGGGGAACAACAUAGCUUAGUGUGGGGCGGAUUUCACCGCAAGCUGAGUCUUCAACUCGUAUGAGUGUUUCCGGGCUUGGUGGCAAGGAAGCCGAACUAGAUUUUCAGAAUCAGGACAUGGGGAGACGGUCACAACGGUCAAAGCGCACUUUGCCAGAAAAUGAUUCAAGAGGUUCAAAGUCAUCUGCUUUCUUUGGAGACUGGUUCAUGCGGUUGAGUUCGUGCAUCACUUGCGUGCGAUAUUUAUGCAUGAUGCUUGACAUCACUGCAGAUUGUGACGCACUUGG